AUGGGUUGCGAGCUGGGAAAGCUGCUAGUGCUUCAGAGAGGCAGCGGAGGAGGUGGCGGCGGCGGAGGCGGCGGGGGCGGAGCGUCCUGCCCCCAAGCGGGCCCGCCACCCCCGGCCACGGACCCCCGCAUCCCGCUGACGGCGCGCCAGAAGUACAACAUGCUCGCCUCCUGGAAGGGCAUCAGCCGCGCCAUGGAGCCCACUGGAGUCUACAUGUUCCUCAGUGGCAGGCAGGAGAGGGGCGACGCGGGGGUGGUUGCGGAAGCAGAGGCGGCCUACCGGUGGAGCGGGUCGGCCUGCGAGGUCGUGGGCGGCGGGAGGCGGAGCCCGGGGGUGGGGGCGGCUGGAGCACCGCCGGCAAGCGUGCUCGAGAGGCCGCCGGGCGGCGCCGCACAAAGGCGGGGGCGGCUGGAGCACGGCCCCACUAGGCGGGGCCGCAUGCGCCGCGGUUAA